UGUAUACACUACAUGUGUGAUACUUGUCUGUUCCAAUGUGUUCAUAACAGCUAUGUUAUUCCUGGAGCAAAAAAUGUUUUUUUCCAAAGGUAUCGUCGUGUUCUCCGUAUUAUAUUUCUCAGUGGCUUUUGACUUUUCGGAAUGUUUGGAAUGCGAACCUCGACCUCAACCGAUCGACGGACAAGCUGUAUUCACGACAUCUAAAAGCUGGAAGAGAGCCGUUGAGGUGUAUCAAUGCGAAGUGGGGUACGUUCUAGACGGUCACACUAAGCAUACGUGCACGGAAGGACAAUGGUCGGGACAGGUACCACUGUGUGUUCGAAACAAAAACAUUAGUUUCGAUAACAACAUUGGUUUGUCGCAAGGCUGGUUUCCAUUCAGGCACUUACUGAAGUCGAACGCAGCCAAAGUAAAGUUGAACAACGGCAAGAAAACGAAAAAGAAAUCAACCGAUGACAAGACGUCGUCUCAAGCAUCAGGCUAUGAACUGCCAAAACAAAUGAUUAGAAACUCGAUCAAGGAAUAUUCGGCAGGAGAUUACGAUUUAAGUUGUUUGUUCAGAAAACGUCACGGAAAAAAGUUUCUUAGGGCUCCGAAAUUGAUCAACGCUCACGUGAAGAAAUAUGCAAUGAAAAAAAACGCCACACAACCCUACAACAAGUACUUGGAAGCAAUAUACGUUUGUGCCGAUGGGUAUGUUUUAAAAAACGACUCGGAAGAUAAGCUUUUUUGCUCCAACAGACGAUGGGUCGGCUUGAGACCCAUAUGCGAAGUUACAAGGCCUGACACUGUUAAAAAGCAUCACAUCGUGAACAAUCAGCAAGAUGAGUGUUAUAUAAAGUGUCCUCCAGACAAGUCAUUGAGUCUAGCCGAAGGAGCCCAGGCGGUCGAUUUCAAAAUAGAUGCUCCUGAGACAAACUACGAUUGGCAAAGGCUGGGUUCGUUGAGUUCUGGCUGGAGCAAAAAUUCUUCGAGAUCCUUAGUUCCGGGGUUGUACGUUAUUACAUACACAAUUCAAAACCAAGAUAACUCCGACCGAGCGUCGUGUAGAACCACUAUUCGAGUAACCGACGACGAGCCGCCAAAAGUUCGUGAUUGUCCUUUGUACUUGGAACUGGCCGAGGACUUUGGAGAAAACGAUGCCGUUCCUGUACGGUGGCCUGAACCUGUAUUUGUCGAUAACGUGUCUGUGACAAAAAUAACCAAGACUAUGGAGCCCGGUCAACUCCUAAGCCCUGCGCUGUAUAAUGUUUUUUAUUCGGCAUUUGAUGGUUCUGGUAAUGCUGCAUCGUGUAAUUUUACACUAGAAAUAAAAGAUCGAACUGCUACUUUUAAUACUGAGAAAACUACUGAAAUUUCAAACGACGCCAAUCAUAAAGCUUAGAAAUAAUUUUGUUAUAGAGAUAUUUUUUAAAGACAUUUUUAAUUUAUGUUUUCACUCUAAAAUUAAUCGAAAAUAUUUUACACUAAACAUAUUUAUUUGUUAGGGAAUGGAAUACAUUUCCCCAUUAUUUUGGAUUAUUUGUUUGUUUUUAA